GUCAAGGUCCAUUGGUACCAGUCCUCACUUCUCUUCGAACAGAGAAAUAUCAGACCAGUGCACAUACGGACAGGAGGCUAUGGAGGCUAACCGCAGUAGUCCAACAGGAAGCACGCCGCCUUCCUCAUCUGCAGAGCAGCCUGAGGGGCGCAUUUAUGAGGUAGCAGUGCAGAGCAACUCCACCAACCGCAGCUCACAGUUUGCAGAUGUGGCCCUCCUGCAGACAUUCAAGCCUCUCAUCAUCCCUUGUUACGUGCUCGUGGUUGUUGUGGGCGUCGUCGGGAACUACCUGCUCCUCUAUGUCAUCUGCCGAACCCGCAAGAUGCACAACGUCACCAACCUCUUCAUCGGGAACCUGGCCUUCUCGGACAUGCUCAUGUGUGUGACGUGCGUCCCCUUCACUCUCGCCUACGCCUUCAAUCCACACGGCUGGGUCUUCGGCCGCUCUAUGUGCUACUUGGUCUUCCUCAUCCAACCUGUCACUGUAUACGUUUCCGUUUUCACGCUCACAGCUAUCGCUGUGGACAGAUAUUACGCCACGGUUCAUCCACUGAAAAAGCGAACCACCGUGGCUACUUGUGCCUACGUCCUCAUCGGGAUCUGGCUGCUGUCCUGCGGUCUGGUGGCUCCGGCAGUGACUCACACCUACCAUGUUGAGUUCAAAGAAGAAGGCUUCACCAUCUGUGAGGAGUUCUGGUUGGGCCAGGAGAAGGAGAGACGGGCCUACGCCUACAGCACGCUGCUGAUCACAUACGUCCUCCCCCUUUCGGCCGUCUUUGUCUCCUACCUCUGCAUCACCGUCAAGCUGAAAAAGUGCAUCGUCCCUGGAAACAGGUCGCAAGACCAGGUGUGCGUUCACCAGGCCCGAAAGAGGAAGAUCUUUCGCCUCGUCGCCUUGCUGGUCUCCGCCUUUGCCGCUUGCUGGCUUCCCAUUCACGUGUUCAACGUUCUGAGAGACAUCGACAUCCACCUGAUAAACAAGCAAUACUUCCUACUCAUCCAGCUGCUGUGCCACCUCUGCGCCAUGAGCUCCUCCUGCUGCAACCCCUUCCUCUACGCGUGGCUACACGAUCGCUUCCGCACGGAGCUGAGGAAGAUGAUGAAGUGCAGCCAUCGCAUCGGAGUCCCCGCCAGCCACUGCGCAGCUGGAGUGGUUUUGUAGCCUGCUUAUUUGCUUAUUUGUAUUUUUGCGCAGAUGGGGACUUGACCAACGCUAUCCAUCAACAUGAAGUGCAGGUGCAACUCAGUAAAUAAUCUCUGUUGGAGCUAUUUAUUCUUUAUUUCUUUAUGCAUUUGAAUUUUGUUAGUUUAUUUUUACAUUUCUAGUUUUUGUA